CAGUACGUAGCCUAUCUCCCACUGAUGUGUUGUUCACACUUGUGGUGCGUGUCAACCGUUGGUUGAGGCGAGACGCUCAUUGCCGAUCGAAAGAGAGGACCAUGUGAUUUAGGCAGACACACAGACAUGCAUACAGACAGGCCCUUGCUUCCGAAACUUGCCCGAAGGACUGAUGCGGGUAUCGUUGGCGCGCCGAGAGCACAUCACAUCACAUCACAUCACAGGGGCGUGCACUGCAUGCGUCCACAAAUACUGACUGAUCAUGAAACAAACGGAUCCCUCAACACAGUCGAAAAAUCUCAAAGACACAUCCAUCCAUCCAGCACUCAGCACUCGACCCUCAGGCCCUCUCUCUCGCGUAUGUUUGCAAACAGGCACGCAGGCUGGCAGGCAGGCAGUAAGGCAGUCAGGGGGGAAAGGAAAAAUGUCAAAAGGCGAGACUGAUCGGAGAACUAGGCAGGUCCUAGCCAUAGCUAGACAGACAGACAGACAGACAGUAGCAACCAAGGGGUACGUCGGUUGGCGGAUAUCCAUCCCCCCUCUCCCCCUCUCUCUCUGCGAUGCUGCGAUGUGGCCCGUGUGUCCGUCCUCUCCUCUCAUCCGAUCUCGUCCAACCUCCUCCCCCUCCCUACAGCAGUCAGUAAGUGAAAGAGCCAGGCAAAACUGUGAGCAUCCUCAGCAGCAGCAGCACCAGAGAGUUGGUGGGGUGGGGUGGGGUGGGCGGGCCACUCAGGAAGGGGCUAUCUAUGCUAUGUACAAGGCUAGAUGGAUGGAUGAAUGGAUGGAUGGACGGAAGGCAGGCAGGCAGGCAGGCAGGCAGAGAGCCUGGCCUGGCCGAAGAGGGGAAAAACAAGCGGCCAGGCCGGCCGGGCUAUGCUAUGCUAUUCCAUGCUGCCCUUGACGAUUGCACCACAGCCGGCUCAGCAACCACAUUCCCAGCCUCAGCCUCGCUCUGGUCAUCAGCAGUAUCAGCGGUGUGGUGGUGUGUGUCGUGUGUGGCCGCGGUGUGGUGUCGGUCGAUGCUGGCUGAGGGCAGCAAGAGGUGGUCGGUGCCCGUGGUGCUGUACAUCUCGUCUAACAAACUGGCGUACUGCUCGCUUAUCACGUGACGCUUCGUCUUGAAUGUCGGCGUGAGCUGCAGGUUGUCGACGGUGAAGGGCUCGAGCACUACACGGAACGACUUGACGCGCUCGUGGUCAGGCCGUGCAUCGUCAGCGUUGAGGUGUUGCAUCAUCACCUGCAGUCAGGGAGGGGAAAUGGAUGGAUCCAACCGGUCCGAUGUGUGUCUGCCGAUUGUGUGUGGCCCACCUUCCUACCUCAUUGAAUGCUGGCCGUGACUGCAGGUCCAUGGCCAUCUGCCUGAGGCCCUCAGCGUCCCUCUGCUCGCGCAUCAAGCGGAUGCGGUCGCCCUCGUCCUGCACACACAUACACACACACGCGGCACACGCAGGAACCUCACCUCCGUGUGUAUGUCGUCUUGCUUACGGGCGUGAUGAGGUCGUCGGCCUCCAGGCCCUCAACAUUGGGCACGACUAAGGCACCGAGGAACUUCUCGUCCUGUCCCGAGAGCAGGAUCUGUUCGACGAGUGGCGAAGUGAGGCACUGCUUCUCGAUGUCCUCGGCAUAGACAUUCUUGCCGUUGCUCAGAACGAUCGUGUCCUUGGCUCGACCAACAAACAGCAAACUGCCUGAGCAAUCCAUCACAAUGGACAGACACCCAAUGAAUGCAAUCAUACCGACAUACCGCUUUCCGCUCUCUCUGAGGCUGCUGACCGUCGGGCAGUAUUCUGCCGAGAUCGCCUGUGUCAAGGAAGCCACCAUCGUCGAUCGCCUGGCACACACACACGUGUCAGGAUGUGCCGAUGCGGGUGUGUGCGUCCGUGUGUGUGAGCGAUAUGAUAGGUUACCCUCUUGGUGGCCGGUUCGUCUUGAUAGUAGCCGUGCAUGACUUGCGGCCCCCGGAAUUGCACCCUGCCGAUCUCGCCCGUCGGCACUUCCACGCCCCUCUCGUCUACAGCACGCAUCUCUGUGCAUGCCACAAUCGGCCCGAUCGCCCCACGCCGUCGAGUUUUAAGUGAUCCAACCACCACCACGGGUGAGGUCUCCGUCAGCCCAUAGCCCUGCACUAGUGGGAAGCCCAGCAGACGCGCCGUGUCCUGGCAGACCACAUAAACGAAUCAGUAGAGACAGUUAAGCACGGGUACGGUGGGUAACAGUGUGAGUGUGUGUGGCUACCUACCUCUGUCUGCAGGCUGAGUGCCGCCCCGCCCGACGUGACGAUCCGCAGCCGAGGGGCGAGUCGCCUCCGGAGCUUGUUCCAGAGGAGAGGGUAGGCCAGCAGCCGAAGAAAGGCUUUCCACACCAGCACCACACUCCUAGCCGACCCUGUGGGCUCUUCGUCGGCCUCAGAUCCGCCUGAAACAAAGGAAUAUCGGUGCAGCAGCGAGGGACUCCUGUGGGGUCGGUCUUACUGCGGAGGUAUGUUGGUGGUGGCUCGGUGGAGGCCCACCGAAGGGCUUUGAUGAGCCUGAGAAGACCGAAGGAAUGCGCGAAGGCAUCUGCUGCCACACAUGAUCCAAACUUCUUCCUCUGUGGUUGCCCAUCACACCUUCUCUUGAUGCCCUUGGACUCGUUGAGCUUCCUCUCCACACUCUGAUCGGUCAAUGCACACGUGCGUCAGGCCAGGCAGUGCUCGUGAUGUCGCCUCACUCUGCUGUGCUCGCCUGUUGGAUGGCCUGAAUCAGCCGUGGCACAAGAGCCAUAUGGUGCGGGCGCACCCGCACAAGAUCCUCAACGAAGUGCCGCCGAUCAGUAUAGUGCAUCUCCACACCACGAGCCAACCUGAACCAACCCCCCCCACCCCACCCACACACACACACGCACAUCGAUGCACCUGAAUGUGUUCUCCCGCAGCUUUUUCCCCUACAUCCACAGCUGCAGACUGACAGAACAACGAGACCAGACAACACACACUCAUGGCAAUCUCUCGACCAGCAAUGCGGUCCCCCCUUUUGCCAUCCCACGCACGCUUUCGAGUAGAUGUGCCACGGCGGCAGGAUCGAGAGCAGGAUCUCCCCCGACCGGGGAUUGUCGCUCCUGGGCCCCCUCCUGAACAGAGCACGCCAGCCACGCCUCUUGGUGAGGUACGGUGGUGUGCGGUUGUGGUCGUCGACGGUGAUGGCGUAGAUCUGGUGCAGCAGGUUGCCGUGUGUGAGCAUGACGCCCUUGGGAAUGCCCGCCGUGCCCGACGUGUACAUGAUGGUCGCGAUGUCCUCAGGCGAGACCGAGGGAGGGUCGAAGGAGGGGGACCCUGGCAGCACAUCGAUGACAUACAAACAUGUAUUGUCACACAUAGUCGCCAUGCGUCAGUCAGUCGGUCAGUCAGAGUGUUGGUGCAUCUGUCUCACGUGUGUUGGCGAGCUUGUCGAAUUGAUAGGCAGGCGUCAUUCCAGCCAUGAGAUACCCACUCCCCUCCAGCACCACAAUGAACUUGAGCCUUUCCAGAGCGCCCCCCGCCCCCAGCCUCCCCAGCAGCGCCUUGGCGUCCUCCGCGGUCUCCGCCACCAGACCCACGCUGUCCGAAUGCUCAAACACGUACUUUUGCUCAUCGGGCGGCGACGUCAGGCCGCGUGGGACCGAGGCUCCCCCAGCCUUCAUGAUGGCCUGGCUGGCGACCAGCCAUCGAUGGGAGUCCUCGGCCAGCAGCAUGACUUUAUCGCCUUUAUCGAGCCCCAGCUGCUGCAACGCGCCGGCGAGGUUGUUGACCAUGUCACGCGUCUGUGUGAACGUGAGGUUGGUGGGCGGCUCAUGGUAGGGGUCGACGAGCAGCGUCCUCUCGCCGUAUUGGGAGGCCAACACCUCCCACAACUCUGGCACGGAAGAGAGAAAGGGCUGCAGAACAUACCGACAGACAGGCACACCAGAAAGGUGUGCGCGGCCGUGAUGGACGUGACAGGUUCACUCACAUCCUCACCAGUGUGGGGUGCUCCGGCAGCUCAUUCGGGUCAUACUGUGGCCGUUUUCGAUUCAGCACAUGAUACAGCACCGCCUGACUCGCAAGUGCCGUGGCAUGGUCAGAUCUACGCACACGCGUAGGGCCGAACAGACGCUCCAAUGCAGCUCUCCUCUGCAGCUGAUCAGAUCGCCACGCGGAAGAAGAAGUGGGAGGGGCGAUGGGGGAGGGGCUGAAGGCGGCCGCUGACGAGCAGCAGAUCAGGAGGGCCAGCAGGCGCCAUGCUAUGUGUAGAUGCAUGGUGGCCCGGCUGACAAAGCCUUCAAAUAAAGUGGCCGCCUCACGCCGCCUUCAGUGGCCUGCAGGCCCUCGACAUCCACAUGACGCACAAAACGCCGCAGCAGGAGGCCUGCCAGACCAACACACAUACACACCUGCCUCAAGUGGACACCACAGGAUGGAGUGCAUCGAAUGUCUUUUUGCAUACCUUUUGGCCUCUGUCAGGUCCCUCCAACGAAGCAAGAUAGAAGGGAAUGCUAUAAGGGAGA